AUGGAAAUAAUAUCAUUAAAAAUUAUAAAUCGUAAAUUAUUUUCUAAAAUAUUAUUAUUUUCAAUACAAAUAUAUUCUAAUCAAAUAUUAAACAAAUAUACUAAUGAAUUAGAAAUAAACAAAUAUACUAAUGAAUUAGAAAUAAAGAAAUAUACUAAUGAAUUAGAAAUAAAUAAAUUAUAUAAUAAUGAAUUAGAAAUAAAGAAAUUAUAUUCGAAUCAAAUAUUAAAUAAGAUAUUAUUAGUAUUGAUAAAUUUAAGUAAAAAAAAUCCUAGUGUUGUUAGAAAUGUAUUAAUAGAAAUAUCUAAAGAAAAAAUUAAUAAAAUUAAUAAUAAAGAGAAAUUUGAAAAAAUUACGAAAAAUAAAAAUUUUGAUUGGAUAAUAUUGAAAAAUUGUUCAAUUAAUAAUUAUAUAAUAAAUAAAUUAAAUGAAUUACAAAUUUAUAAUAUAAACUCUAUUAAUGAGAUAAAUUCUAUUAAUUCUAAUAAUUCAACAAACUCCAAUAACUCUAAUAAAUCUCUUAAUUCUAUUAAUUCUACAAACUCUACAAACUCUACCAAUUCCACAAAUUCUAAUAUAAAUAUUGAAGAAAUAAAUAUAAUAAUAAAUUUGAUUAAUAAAUUAUAUAAAGAAAUGGGAUAUUUUAAUAGUUAUGUAUUGGAUUAUUCCAUAGAUUCAGGAAAAUUAAUAAUAAAUUGUCAAGAAAAUUCUAUACCAAUAUGUAAUUUUAGAUUAUUUAAAAAAGAUUUAAAAUCCAAAUUAAUACAAAUAAAGAAAGAAAAUAUUAUUAAAUCUACAGCAGAAAUAUUCGGAAAUUAUAAACAAAUAUCUAAUAAAUAUUUAUAUAAUAAAUUAUUUAAAAAUAAAUUUAAUAAUAAAAUAAUUUGUUUAGAUGAAAAAUUAUUUAAUUCAAUAAAAGAAAUUGGAUUAUAUAAAAAUUUACAAUAUAUAAUACAUAAAGAUGAUGAAAUAUAUUUAGAUGUAUUUUUUGAUGAUUAUGGUAUUAUACAUUUUAUAACACCAAUUAUAACAUUGUCUGAUGGUCCAAUAUUAAAUUUAGUUUAUAAAAAUAUUAAUUUUCUUAAUACCAAAUCAUUAAUUAAAUUAUUAUUAGAAAUUAAUUUAUUUAAAAUUUUUGAAUUUAAUCAUAAAAUUAAUUUAACAAUUUUUUCUGAUAUUAUUGAAUUAUCAUUUUGGAAUAAUAAUUUUAAUUCUUUUUUAAUUAAUUUUAAUAUAUCAUUUACUAAAAAUAAUUUAUUAACCAUAAUUAAAUUAAUUAAUUUAAAUAAAAAUUGGAAUAAAUUAAUAAAUUUGAAGAAUUGGAGGAAAAAAAUUAUUUGGAAUAAAAAAAUUAAUUUUAAUAAUAAUUUUAUUUUAAAUUUUAAAAAAAAUUGGAAAAAUAAAUUUGGUGUGAAAAUUGAAGAAAAUUUAGCAACUAAAUUGGGGAACAAAUUAUUAGAUACUAAUUUAGGUAAUUUAGGUACAAAAUUAUUAGAUACGGAAUUAGGAACAAAAUUGGAGAAUUUAGGGAACAAAUUAGAGAACAAUUUGGAGAAUUUAGGGAACAAAUUGGAGACCAAAUUAAAUACAAAUUUAGGUAAUUUAGGUACAAAUUUGGGUACAAAUUUAGGUAAUUUGGAGAAAAAAGGAUAUUUGAAUGAAGAAUUUUGGAAAGAUUUUGAAGUUAGUAUAGGAUUUUUAAAACAAUUUAAUAAUAUAAAAUAUAUAUUAACAACAGGUUUUGGUACAAAUUUAACAAUAAAAAAUGAUUUUAAUUAUAUAAUUAAACAAUUUAUAAAUCCAAUACAAAUCAAUACAACAAUUAUUCAUAAAUUUUAUACCAAUAAUAUAUUUGAUAGUAGAUUGAGUGGAGUAAGAGAAGUAGUGGAUAGUGGAGGAAUAGAUGGUAGAUUGAGUGGAGUAGGAGAUGUAACGGAGGAAAAAAUGGAUACAAUGAGAAAAUUGGAUAUGAAAUAUAGAAUAGAAAAUAAAAUAAAUAUAUUGAAUAAAAAAUAUAAAAUAAUAUUAAAAUAUAUAUAUGGUAAUGAAAUAUUAAAAGGUGAUUAUAGAGGAUUAAGUGAUAGUAGGAGUAUAGAUAAAGGAGGAGUAGGUGAUUAUAAAGGAGCUGAUUAUAAAGGAGGAGAUAGAGGAUUAAGUGAUAGAAUAGGUGAUAAUAGUAGUAAUGAUAGAGGAUUAGAUAAUGUAAGAGAUAGAUUUAUAUUGUUAGGACAUGAUAUAUUAUUUCCAUUGGAUAAAUUUAAGUUAAUACCAUAUUUUGGUAUAUUUUUUGAUUUUUUACAUAAUUUUAAUGAUAUAAAUUUAAGUUUUGGACUUAAAUUUAUGAUUUUAAAUAUCGCAAUUUCUAUACCAAUAAUUACCAAAAUAAAUUCCAAAAUUUUAAUUAAUUUCCAUAAAAGAAAUUUUUAUUUUACAAUUUAA